UCCCAUUUCCUAGAAGUUUACCCCAAAAGCCCCGACCCUCCCACCCUCGCCCUGUCACAUACUAUAAAGCGGGGAAAGAUAGCGUAGCACGCGAGGGAGGCCGAUCAAAGUACCUGUUUCACAAGGGAAGAAGUGGAGGGUGCACAAUGUUGUGGGAACCGUCAGGAUGCUGCUGUUGCAGUCUCAGGACUGGGAGCCUGGUGUUGGCAACCAUAGUAAUUGUAACUGGGACACUGGGCAUGAUAAAUGAGAUUGGUGUUUUCGUUGUUGGGGAUUUGCCUCACAACAUGAGAGAAGUUUGUGAACAAGAAAAAAAUGAUGACAUGGAUGUGGAGGAAUGCAUUGAUUUUUCUCUCCCAAUAGUGUAUGGAGUAUUGAUAACCAAGCUUGUGUUGGACAUCAUUCAAGUCAUAAUUAGCAUUCUCUUGGUCCAUGGCAUCCUCAAGAAUAAGACAAGAUUCAUGAUACCCUACAUGAUCAUGGUACUGAUUGGUAUCAUCAUAAUGUUACUGGUUGCUUUGUUAGCGAUUGGCCUAAUGGCCUAUUCUGGACUUUGGGCCGGCGUCUUCAUCUUUGCCCUUAUCUUCGGCGUGUUUAUUUUCCUUGAGACUUACUGCCUUCUGGUGGUCCGUGCCCUUUACCUCCAGCUCAAACGCCAAAAGGGACAUCAACACAUGAUCCUGACCGAGCAUGGCUAUAGCAGAGCCAAGACAGACGAGUCUGUAGAGUAUCAAUAGGCAAAACACACUGAUAAAACCUGUCUAAAACCUUUUUGGAAGGCAUAUAACUCUAUAGACAAGGAUACAUAUUCAUGACCAAAAUUCACUGUUAUUCGUAAAGCCAGAAUAACAUGUGAUGGAAAAAGUGAAAUUUGUUAGGUAGUGUAGAAAUUCUUUUUGAGACCAGAAUUAGAUUUAUUUUAACGAGAGCAGACAAGUGGAAUAUUGAUAUUUGGAUAAUCAUAUCAGACAAUUUCUUAACAAAUGUCUUGGACUAAAACAUAAUGGAGCAUGUCUGUGAUUUGUUCCAACAUUUUGCAUCAGUUGCAUGACUGAAUUAUAUAGAGUGGAAACCAGAAUUCAUCAAUAGAUUGAUGGUCACAGUUUUGUUUGCGCUUUUUUUAUCAUGACAACACUUGUAUAUUUAAAUAUAAGACACAGUCUCUCCCAGCUCAUGAACUCCAGUUGAAUCCUGAAACCACAUAUAUUUCAGGAAUUCAUGGUUCAAAACCAUAAGGGUUCAUCAGCUGUACACAAAUUUUGGGAAAGUGUGAUAAAAAAGAACAAGAUAAAAAAAAAAAGGUGAUUGUUGUUGCAUGUAUCAGUAAUUAGUAAAUAUAUAUUGCAUGAGUAUGUUA